AUGGUUAUAUUGACGGCUGGACCGAAAGUGUGGCUGGAACUCGGGGUUCUUGCAAAAGAUCCGGUGAACUUCCCAGAGCUGGAGAAGUUCAGGCCAGAGAGGUUCAACCCCGAAGGCGAAGAGGAGAGGAGAAGGCAUCCUUACGCCUACAUUCCCUUUGGGAUCGGGCAGAAGUUCUCAUUGCAAGAGAUCAAGCUCUCCAUGAUUCAUCUAUACAGGAAGUAUGUGUUCAGACACUCUCCUCGAGAUCUCAUGGAGAAUCCUCUGCAGCUCGACUACGGCAUAGUCCUUAAUUUCAGACAUGCAUGA